AUUAUUUCACGCAUGCGCAAACGAUAGAAACUUUGCCAAGAUGGCGUCGUUUUUGUGUUAGUGUAAUGUAGGUGGAGAACGUUCGACAAUAUCUGUUUAACAGCGCAGGGACGGUUUAAAUAUGGAUGGUCCUGACGCUUUGAUUGAUCCCCAGAAUGAAGUUAGAAAGCUUCAAGAGCUUGUUAAGAAGUUAGAGCGUCAAAAUGAAGUUUUGCGAGGCAAACAAGGGAGUGUUCAUGACAAGCAACGACAGAACGGUGAUGUUGACGAUAUCAGUAGCAGAAACAAUUUUGUAAACAAUGUAGAAGCUGACUCAGACGAUGUCUCAAAACUGAAGAGCCGGGGUAGUUAUGCACUUGACGACUUUGAUGAUGUGGAUCAUUCUGAAUUGCCAAAGGAAGAAGAUAGUUGGUUGUACAGUCCCUCCAAAGUGGGGACACCCCAACAGUCAGAGGAGCGGUUGAUGUCAUGGGUCCGGCAAGACUUUGAUCACCCUAGUCCUGAGAUGGAGUCUUCUCGGAGAGCAUUGUUGUUGAAGCUUGAUGAGGUUGCAAGAAUGAAGCAUAGCUCUAGUUCACCAGUCCUAGGUAGCCAGCCCGCUGCCAGCCGGUCGGCCACGUCUCUGAGCAGGUCGACGGAGGAGAGUAGCACCCCGUCACGGGGGAUGGCGCUCCGUAAAUCUGGCCUUGUGGCUCCAGGAUCCAACAGAGGUGCGUUUGACUCGGGUACCUUCACACGACCAAAGAGAGUGGCCAAUGGCGGCCCGCCGAUGCACGGAGAGGGGGACCAUUUGCACGAGACCCCCAACGUGCCUAAUGCGGCUGACAUAGAGAACCUUGCCAAACUACAGGAAGAAAGCCUUCGACAGAGCAUAACCCCUGCCAGCAGAAAAGGCAUCAGGGCAAAGCAUGAUUUAAUAGAAGGUGACACAGCACGGCUGAGCCCAAGUCGCUUUGAUGUGGAAGGGUCCUACCUGUCCCAGCAUCGAGGCAGCCUGGGUUCCGAGCACAGCACGCCACCCGACAGUCCGCAGUACAACCAGCAGUUUCAGCUCAGCAGUUCCCACGAUUCGCGGAACCGUCGCAACCUGUCCAUGGUGGCAAGCCUCCAGCACAAGUCCCACAACUCAAGCGACUCGAGCCUUGAGCGGCACAGCGUCAACAGCGACGAGAUGAACCUGGCCCCCGAGUCGAUCCGGGCGCCCUCCUCCCGCCUCCAGCAGCCCAACUACCGCAACGGGGCCAGCCCCAAGCGGCCCAUCACCCCAAACCUGUCCCCGUCUCCCCAGCAGGGCCAACAGGUCAGGGGCCUGUCCCCACAGCGGACCAGUGGUCUUCCCACGGCGCGCCGACAAAUCGCCCGGCCCACCACGGCUCCCAGGUCGUCUUUACCCACGUUUAGGAGGGCAAAUGCUCCGGCCCGUAAACCCCCUUCAUCUCAGGAAGGGGAGGAGAACUGGAGAGACGGCUGCUUUUGACACCAAGUGCUUAUUUUCUGGCGCCGCCUCCUCUUUCGUUCCGUCUCGUCUGCUAUUUAUAGACACCAGCAAGGUCCAUUGGUUGCCUGUGUGAGCGUCGCCCGAUAGAACUACUGCCAGGCUUCUGUUUUGUUGCUUCUAUCUGUUUGAGAUCUCAUCCACACUUGAUAGAUUUUUGUUUUUUCUCUUGACUGGAAAGGGAUUCAUGUAAAUACACUUCACCCCUUCCCCCCCUUGGCCCC